CACGCGGCAGCCGGAAAGCGUGGCAGCUGCCGCAAGACCCAAAGCACGAUUCACCACCCGCGGGGCUGGAGAGAAAACAAUUACGUAGUUUCCGUUUCCACCGACUCUUCCUCUUCCGGUCCUCGAGGACGCUUUGCCGGCAGGGUCUUCGGCUGUAGCCCUGGUGUGGGAGGCUGCAGCCGUCAUGGCGAUGUUUGAGCAGAUGAGAGCGAACGUGGGCAAAUUGCUCAAGGGGAUUGACAGGUACAACCCUGAGAACCUGGCCACCCUGGAGCGCUAUGUGGAGACACAGGCCAAGGAGAAUGCCUAUGAUCUGGAAGCCAACCUGGCUGUCCUGAAACUGUACCAGUUCAACCCAGCCUUCUUCCAGACCACGGUCACCGCCCAGAUCCUGCUGAAGGCCCUCACCAACCUGCCCCACACCGACUUCACGCUGUGCAAGUGCAUGAUCGACCAGGCCCAUCAAGAAGAACGGCCCAUCCGGCAGAUUUUGUACCUCGGAGACCUGCUGGAGACCUGCCACUUCCAGGCCUUCUGGCAAGCCCUGGAUGAAAACAUGGACCUCCUGGAAGGUAUAACCGGCUUUGAAGACUCUGUCCGAAAAUUUAUUUGCCAUGUCGUGGGCAUCACGUAUCAACACAUCGAUCGCUGGCUUCUGGCUGAGAUGCUCGGGGAUCUGACAGACAGCCAGCUAAAGGUGUGGAUGAGUAAGUACGGCUGGAGUGCCGAUGAGUCAGGCCAGAUCUUCAUCUGCAGCCAGGAGGAGAGCAUUAAGCCCAAGAACAUCGUGGAGAAGAUUGACUUUGACAGUGUGUCCAGCAUCAUGGCCUCCUCCCAGUAACUUUGCAGCCGUUUAAUAAAGGUGUGUUGACUUCUUA